GAAGACCCCCACAGACCCACAGGACGUCACGACCUCGGGUGUAUUUUAGCAGCAAAACCUCUUCCUUUCAUCUUUCCCGCCCCUGGACCUCCAGACCAAAGAUCCCCACGUAUUCCGACACAGGCUUUCUUAUCACUUUUGAUAAUAAAUUAAAGAUAUGUUAUACCAGCUCUUGGGGGCGGCGAGGGGAAGGGCAGCUCAAGGCUUACUCCAGGGAAGGAACGUUCUCGGGAUGGAAGGCUCGCGACCCAGCUCAGAUAUGGCCAAAUUUCGCGAGUAUUUCGCCAAGGCCAAGCAUGUCGUUGUGUUAACAGGUGCCGGAGUAUCUGCAGAAUCAGGCGUCCCAACCUUCCGAGGAGCCGGAGGAUUUUGGCGUACUUGGCAGGCCCAGGAUCUAGCCUCUCCCCAUGCAUUCCGAGGAACCGCCCCACUGGGGGGGGAUUCCCCCCAUUACCGCAGGGAGGUGGAAUACUAAGGCCCAAACCCUGCACACAUAGCCAUUGCAGAAGCAGAAAAACGUCUUGCUGCGGAAGGUCGCCGACUGGUUGUCAUAACACAGAACAUAGAUGAGCUACACAGGAGAGCUGGAUCCACAGAAAUCUUGGAGCUCCAUGGGUCGCUGUUUCGUACUCGCUGCACCAACUGUCUUGAAAUUUUGGCCAAUAGGGACAGUCCCAUUUGCGCAGCAUUGGCAGGAAAGGGAGCUCCCGACCCUAAAGCUGAGGAUGCCAGAAUUUCGGAAGCAGAUUUACCGAGAUGCAAGUCGUGCUCUGGGCUGCUACGACCAGAUGUAGUGUGGUUUGGUGAAGGCCUCGAUCCAGUAGUGUUGGCAAAGACAGACAGAGAGCUGGACUCCUGCGACCUGUGCUUGGUGGUGGGUACCUCGUCUGUCGUCUAUCCAGCUGCCAUGUUUGCACCCAGUGUUGCUAGCCGAGGAGUUCCUGUGGCCGAGUUCAACUUGGAAUCCACGCCAGCCACGGAUGCUUUCGGGUUUCAUUUUGAAGGACCAUGUGGUACAACGCUUCCUGUUGCACUUGCACCUUAGUUCAGAAUGCAACAAGCUAAUAAACUGAAUGAAAUGGUUUUUGUCCAUCAGACU